AUGGAGGCUGGACCUAUAAUUACGGCUGUUUUCGCCCUAUUAUCGUUUAUAUUGCUUAUUCCUGUGUUCUGUUGGCAUUUUGUUAGACAGAAUGUCCCUGUUAUCAGUCUAUUGUUCUGGAUGAUGUAUGGUAGUUUGACCACAUUUAUUAACGUUCUCAUUUGGUCAGGACCUGAUUUCGAUACCAAGUUUAAUGGAGAGAUUUACUGCGACAUCACCAACAAUUUGGAGUAUGGUAGUAAUGUUGGUCGUAUAUGUGCCGUCGCUACGUUAGCCCUAAACCUCUAUAUCAUUUUGAAAGCUCUGAACCCUUUAUUUCUUGACGAAGCAUAUAGAAAACGAAAGAAUUGGUUGAACUUCGCCUUGUGUUGGGUCACACCUAUAUUUACCAUGGCUACCGUUUACAUCAUCCAAACUCAACGGUAUGUUAUUCUUCGUUAUAGAGGUUGUGCUUCGGCAGUGUCGCUUUCUUAUCCAACAGUAUUGAUUAUUUUCCUCUGGAAGUUACUCUGGUCUGCGGUGUCGGUGGUGUUUGCUGUUCUUACUCUAUACAAGUUUUAUGUCACCAGAAGAGACGUGAAAAAUAUCUUAAAGUGCACCAAUUGCGGCUUGAGCUUCAAAAGAUUUGCUCGUUUGGUUUCAGUGAGUGUCUUCUGUGUUAUUACAUUGGUUCCUUGGACUGUCUACACGGUUGUUAUUAGUACAGAACACUUCAAUGCUCAUUUUGAUUGGGAGGCAGUCCAUAAUUGGCCACCAUACAUUCUCUUUACUGAUUUUGGGUUCGUUGCGAUGUACGAUAAGCUUAUCGGCAUUGGAGUUGCACUCAUUACUUUCUUGAUAUUUGGGGUUGGUUCUGAAGCAAGUAUGGUAUACUUUAAAUGGUUUCUGUUCUUGUUCAAAUGGCGGAAAUCGUCAUCAACGUCUUAUGAUAGUGGUGUUGAGAACGGCGGUGAUAACGGUGAAACCGAUAACGAUAAUCAUUCGCACGUGAUGCAGCAAUCUCAGAUCAGCGACAUGGUAUAUUGCACGCGACUCGAUGAUUUAGAAAGCAACUCCUUCAUCUUCCACGAAGAUAAUGACGAUGAUGAAGUUCGUGACCACGAUAUCAAGUUGAAGACUCCUACGGAUGUCACGGUUGUAUCUUUACAAGACUCAGAAAGUGAAAAGGGUGGUCUCUAA